GCAUAGUAUCAGUAUCGUCAUGUGUAUGGUACGUGUGGUUGUUAAUACGUUUCAUUCUAACAUCUGCUGUUAACACAUGAUUGUGUGUGUGGUUAUUUAAAUCGGUGUGAUAUUAAUGAUACGUAUUCGUAAAGAUUUCCAGUUCCUAGUGCGACAACUUUCAAAUGACAUUUCGGAAAAUUGAUUCGUAAAAUAGAAAUUUCGUUUAGUGUGCAAGGUUAUUUGUCCACGAUCAAAAUGCAAAAAGUACAGGAAUGCCCGAUAGUUAGUGCGCGCUUUGGAAAUUCGGACAAAAAUGCCGAAGUCAGUGGUGGCAGUAGUUCAAAUAGUGAAUUAAACAACGCGAAAUUACGGACCGCUGUUAUUUUGAAUAAUACACGUGAAAGCGAGUGUCGUGUUCCUAGAGUCACAACUGACCGAAGUGAUCCCUCACCCCUUAGUCCUAAUCACAGUGACAAACACUUUCAGGCAUCAAUUGUUGCCGAGAAAUACCUAUUACUCGAUCAGGUCGAAGGGAGCUCUUUAUAUAGAUGUGUGGAUAUAAAUACGCAAGAGGAACUCGUAUGUAAGGUGGUGUCGCGAGACUGUCACAACCUUAUAUCGGCCCACUACCGUUUAGAUUCACACCCGAGAGUAUCCUCGCUACACGAAAUACUAGUAGGAAGUCGUUAUUUAUACCUGGUGUUCCCGAAAGCGCACGGUGAUUUACAUUCGUAUGUCAGAUUACGAAAAAGGCUACGCGAGGCGGAGGCGAGAAAAUUAUUUAGACAAAUAGCGGAAACCGUACAAGCGUGUCAUAGGAAUGGAAUAGUAUUGAGAGAUCUUAAACUUAGGAAAUUCGUAUUCGCCGAUACACAAAGGACGGAAUUAAAACUGGAAUCGCUUGAAGACGCCGUCGUAUUAGAAGAACCCGAAAGCGACUGGCUCCACGACAAACGAGGAUGUCCCGCCUACGUCAGCCCGGAAAUUCUCAAAGCUGGAGCCCAUUAUUCCGGAAAGGCAGCUGAUAUGUGGUCGUUAGGAGUAAUCCUUUACACGAUGCUUGUCGGAAGAUACCCAUUUAACGAUUCGGAGCACGCAUCCCUCUUUGCAAAAAUCUCCAGAGGUCACUUUAUUAUACCCGAAUGUUUGUCAUCCCGGGCGAGAUGCCUCAUACGUUCAUUACUAAGAAGAGAACCAUCAGAAAGAAUCACAUCGGAAGAUAUACUUUACCACCCGUGGUUGUCUCGCGAGGAUCGAGACUGGCAGUCGAGAGCCUGCGAUCAGUUAGUGCCAGAGUGUAGCUUAUAUGAUGAUGAAGAUUAAGUAAUAUUGUUGCAAUUUAUUCUAUGUGAAAAUGUACAUUCUGUUUUUGAAAAAAGUUGCAUUAUUUGUAUGCAAUAAGGUCUCUUUUGUAUCUGCCUUUUGCAUCACAAAUGUUACAGUAAUUAUUUAUUUGUUUAACUCUUACAAUUAAUUAAAUUAAGCACCUAUUCAUAUUAUUGUUGUUAAAUGAAAUUGUUAAAUUAUGGAAAAAUUGCAAUGAAGUUAAAUCGCUGACUGUUUAUUAAAUUCUGUUAACGCAUCACGAUAUUAAUUUAACUGUUAGAGAGUAAGAUUGUUUAAUUUAGAAAUUUAAGACUGAUAUUUUUUCAUUUGUUAUAUUGGUUUUAAAGGUGUUUUAAUACAAGAAAUAGCCAUUUUGUAAAAUAUUACAAGGUUCUAGCUGCAGUGCAGUAUGAAAAUGUAUUUAAGUAAUAGACAUAGAGUGAUUAUCGUGAUGCCCUAUGUACGUAAAUUGUGAGUAUUGUGAUCUCGGUCGGGUAAUGUCAUAUCUGACUUUUCUAUUGUUAAAGGAACUGACUCAUUGUACAGAACUUGUAAAUCCGCGUUUCCUAAUUUAUAUUUAGUUAAAUAUUAAUUUUAUGAAUGAUUGUAAAUAGCUUCGCCUUGUAUUGUGAAUGAUUUGAUCCGUCGUCGUUGGUAUAUGUUAUCGAAAUAAAAUUAUUAUUAUUGA